AUGGACAAGUCACCCGUUGCCUUAUGCCCAUGGGGAUUUCUUGACUUCUCUGCUACUUCUUCCAAAUUGAAUACUGCCACUGGUCAAUUAUCCGGACAACUUCCAAAAGCACGAACCUUUGCUGCCAUUGUCACAAAUGGUGUGGAAACUUCAGUUAAUUUAAGUCAACUUCCCUCUCCUACUGUUCGGGGAGAUGUGACUUAUGUUAAAAUCAGUGAGGACCUUUAUCAAGAACAAUUACGUUCAUGUCGAACAAACCUCAUUGGUAGGCUUUUGUUAAAAAAAGGAACGAUGCCGAUGAAGACUGAGCUUCUCAAGAGUGCUUUGGCUUCUUUAUGGAAGCUUCACAAUUCAUGGAAACUGGUACCUCUUGGCAAGGGCUAUUUUGAUCUUCACUUUUCCAGCGAAGAAGAUAUGAGAAGAGUGUGGGGUGGUGGAACCUGUACACUUCAAUUUGGUCUUUUUAGGCUGUCUCAAUGGCAACCAGAUUUCAAACCUGGUGAUGUCCUUCCCCAAACACAUGCUCAGGUAUGGAUCAAAAUAUAUGGCCUAAGUCAAGAGUAUUGGCACCCUCGCAUUCUUAUGGAAAUUGCUCGUGGGGUGGGUACCCCACUCCAGUUGGAUCAUGCUACACGUGAAAAGUUAUAUGGUUAUUAUGCUAGAAUUUUGGUCGAUGUGGAUCUUUCUGCUGAUUUGCCUUCGACUAUUAUGGUUGAGCGGGAACAACAUGGUUUUUCUGUUGAUAUUAUUUAUGAGAAUUUGCCACCAACCUGUGGUCAUUGUGGUGUAAUUGGCCAUAAUACAAACAAAUGCCGGCAUUUAAAGGGUAAUCAUUCUGAUGGGAUGCAUCCGCAUGUUGAGGCGCAUCGUCGUGGACGAUCACCAACUCGUCAAGUUUAUCGUCCAAAACCAUCGGCUAAGACUGUUUCUCCUCCAGGUGAUACUAUACACAUGGAACGUUCCCCUUCAGUUGAAAUUCUUCACAAUAAUCGUUCUACUGGACUUAAUAAUGAUAUGGGAGCCCCACUUUGUAGCUCUCUUGAGCAACGCCAUACUGAACAAGUCAAUGAUUUUGCGAAUCAAAUACUAAUGACUGUUGUGAAUAAUGAGCUAAGUGUGUUGGCUGACAAGGUCAUUGAUUCAUCAACAGAUCCUCAUGGUCACCUAGAGACAAUUUCAGAUAGACAGCUUCUAAAGGUACAACCAACCAAUAUUAUUAAUGAUUCCCCUUCUUGCAACUUGAAUGAUACUCUUUCAGAGGAGAUGAGAGAUGAGCCUUCGGAAGAAAUUAAUAUCGACCACAAUGUUGAUGUUGAUGUCCCACCUGGUUUUGGUUUGAGGAAAGAGAUCAAUGUUGUGGAUGCAGGGAAGGAUUCAAAUGACUUUACUCUAGUUCUUAGUAAAUCCCAGCAAAAGAAACAAAAGAAAAACCAAAAAGUUGAUGCAUGUAGGCAAGAAGAACCCUAUGUUACAAGGGCAGGAAGACAAGUUAUUUCUACCUCCAAAUGA